CUCUCCCUCUCACCUUGAAACCACCAUCACGAUCACCGCCUAGCACGAAGCGCUGCGAAGCCCAGCUUGCUUCAGUUCACCGGCAUGGCGUACCGAGUGCUGGAGGUCACGCUCCUGUCAGCCAAGGACCUCAAGAGCGUGAACCUCAUCACGCGCAUGGAGGUGUACGCGGUGGCGACCAUCUCCGGCGACCCCAUCACGCGCCAGUGCACCCCGCCGGACCCGCACGGCGGCCGCAACCCGACCUGGAACGCCACGCUCCAGUUCGCCGUGCCGCCCACCGCCGAGGAGGCCACGGGCGGCUGCCUCCACAUCCUCCUCCGCGUCGAGCGCAUCUUCGGCGGCGACCGCGAUGUCGGCGAGGUCAUCGUGCCCCUCUCCGAGAUCCUCUCCGGCGUCGGCCACGGCGCCGACUACGGCGCCCACAGCAUGCCGCAGUUCGCGUCCUACCAGAUCCGCAAGGUGCACCGCACCGAGGUGCGCGGCCUGCUCUACCUCACGUACCGUCUCGGCCCCGUCGUCCUGCCGGAGCCCCAUCUGGAGAUACCCGUCGACGAGUGGCCCGUCGUGGCGUACCCGGCGAAGCAGGUGAUGCCGCCGCCGCCGCCUCCACCGCAGGCUGCUUGGCCCGGGUAUGUGGCCGCGGCACCGCCGGCGAAACCACCUGCCGGCUACGUGGCUGUGCCCCCGCCUCCACCUGCAAAGCCGGCCGGCUACAUGGAUGUGCCGUUUUCGCCUGAGAAAGCACCCGGGCAUACGGCAUGGCCGUCUCCAAUACCUUACUGGUACGGGCCCGCGCCAUCACCUGCAAAGCAAGAAGGGCAUGCCGCCGUGCCGCCGUCGCCGAAACCUUCUGGGUACGGGACCGCGCCAUCGCCUGCAAAGCAAGAAGGGCAUGGCGCCGUGCCGCCGUCUCCGAAUCCUUAUGGGUACGGGACCGCGCCGUCGCCUGCAAAGCAAGAAGAUCGUGCGGCCGUGCCGCCGGCGACUCCAAAACCUUCUGGGUACGGGACCGCGCCAUCGCCUGCAAAGCAAGAAGGGCAUGUCGCCGUGCCGCCGUCUCCAAAGCCAGCCGGUGGACAUGUCGCCGUGCCGCCGUCUCAUGAGCCAUCCGGUCGGGUGGUGUCCAUGCCGCCUUCUCCAAAACCAGUCGGGCGUGUGGUGUCUAUGCCACCGUCUUCUCCGAAACCAUCCGGUCAGGUGAUGUCCAUGCCACCUUCUCCAAAGCCAGUGGAACGUGCGGUGUCCAUGCCGCCG